CUGACCUAUGACGGUCUCAACAUCCAAGCAAACCAGCUCGCCCACCACUUGCAGUCGAUCAACCUCGGACCAGAGAAUGUGGUUGCCGUCAGUCUUGAGAGAGGAAUCGACUACCUCAUCGCUAUGUUCGCCAUUUGGAAAGCUGGAGCCGCAUACCUCCCACUUGAUGUGGCGAUGCCACAUGAUCGUAUGAUGUUCAUGGCAUCGGAAGCCAAUGCCUGCUGCCUCAUCACUACGAGAGAUGUUGCCCAAAAAAAGGCACUGCAACACCUCCUUAUGCCAACGAUCUUCCUCGACGACCCUGAUUUCCUACACCACUUACGGAGAAACCCUCCAACAAACCCCGAGCGACGAGCAAACCGAGAUAACUUGGCCUACAUCUUCUACACCUCGGGCACAAGUGGUAAGCCAAAGGGCGUUUGCAUCACUCAUGGCAGCAUCGUCAACAUGGCUGAUGACACUAGACAAAGCCAAGAGAUCACGGCCUCUGACAGAGUGUUGCUCUUCUCGCCAUUCUGCUUCGAUGCCUCCAUUCGGGACAUUCACGGCGCCCUGUUACUGGGAGCAUCGCUCUAUGUCCCUGACGAAGACGAGAUUUUUCCGGGAAACCUUGUGAACACGCUCCGCCAGCAUUCAAUUACAUACGCCGUGAUCACGCCAUCUGUUCUGCGAGCUUGCAAGCCGCAUGAUCUUCCCGACCUCUCAACCAUUGUGGUCGCUGGAGAAGCUGUGAACAGGCACCUGAUCCGGGAAUGGGGCACUGGGAGGGUCCUGAUCAAUGCAUAUGGUCCUACCGAAGCAACCGUUUGCAGUACCAAGAGAAUCUACCAUGAUGUUACCAUUGGCACACCGAUCCUCAACACUCAGGUUCACAUUCUCGACGACGACAGCAACCCUGUUCCUGUCGGCAGUGUAGGGGAGAUCUAUGUGCACGGGCUGGGGGUCAGUCAGCGCGGCUAUCUGAAUCUUCCUGAAUUCAACGCUAAGUGCUUCAGGGACGAUUUCUUCAGCGCACCGGGCCGUACAUACAAGACUGGAGACACGGGCCGAAUGCUCCUUGGCGGGGAGAUCGAGUUCCUGGGCCGGAAAGAGAAGAAAGCACAAAUCAAGCUCCACGGCCAGCGCAUUGAGACCGAGGAGAUUGAGAAUGUCCUCCGCAUGCAUAGCGCCGUCCAUGAUGCCGUCGUGGCACUACGAGGGGCAGAAAGCCAUAAGAUCUUGGCUGCUUAUGUUGUCCCAGCAGUUCCGUCACAUCUCAGGGUUGGUCUCGUCGAUAGACUUGAGGCACUACUCAGGGAGCAUCUGCCUUCAUACAGUGUCCCGAGUUCUAUCUGCCUCGUCGACGCUUUCCCGGUUCGAGCUACCAAAAAGAUCGAC